CCUGAGGGCGGGGGGGGUUGGUUUGGGGCAAAGAUGAACGCUACAGAGCUGAAGCUGGCGGAGCUGAUACGCGAACACCCCAACCUGUACGACCACUCGCGUCUGGACUACAAGGAAAGCUUCAAAGGGCAUUUGUCUUGGAAUGAAAUCGCGGUCGCCAUGGAAAAGUCAGAUGAAGAGGUUAAGCUGAUCUGGAAAAAUUUGCGCGACAAGUUCAGCAAGGCGAAGAAGCGACUGGUUAAAAGAACCUCCCACCGCCUGAACGACAACGGGAGCCAAGUGGAGAACCUCGUCCCGGAGCUGUUCCAUCAGAUGGCCUGGCUCAGUGCUUUUGUCCAACACCGAGUAGAAAGAAACGUGCCGGAGCCAGAAAAGACGUCUGUCGCCGAAAAGAAGGUAGCUGGAAGAGCAGAUCACCUGGGGAAACCGCAAAAUACAGACAAGAAGGUGCAACUUAAUUUUCUACCAGUCAUUAGUAAUAGUUUUUCUCUGGCCGAUUCAAGUCAAAGUAGUCAUCAAAAUGCUGCAGCUUCUUUAAAACGUAAAAGUCAAACAAACACAGAAAUGGAGAGAAGUUCAGCCGAUGCUCUCAGCAGCCUCCGAGAUGAAGAUGAACUGUUUUUGCUCAGCCUCCUGCCCUCAAUAAAGAGACUUACUGUUAAAAAAAGAAUGGAGGUGCGGAUAAAGUUUCAGCAGGUGCUUUAUGCUGCAGAGUUUGAGGACUAACACGCUCUAAAGACAAUAAACACUGAUGAGUGGAACAGA